CCCAGCGCCGCAGCUCGGGCAGGAAGAUGUCGCUACAGGAGCGGGGCAUCUGCCAGUCAGCAGGAGGAGGAGGGCACCCGCACACAUCCCCCCGAGUGGCCCGCAGGCCCACCAUCGAGUCCAAGUGUAUCUCCAUCUCCGACUCCCAGGACUGCAUGCGGCUGAACCAGUACAAGCUCCAAAGUGAGAUAGGCAAGGGCUCCUAUGGGGUAGUGAAACUAGCCUACAAUGAAGACGACGAUAAGUAUUAUGCAAUGAAAGUGGUGUCGAAGAAGAAGCUGAUGAAACAAUGUGGAUUCCCCCGCCGUCCACCUCCCCGAGGCCCAAAAGCAGCUCAGGGGGAGCAGCCCAAAGUUCUAGGCCCCUUGGAGCGGGUUUACCAGGAGAUCGCCAUCCUCAAGAAACUGGACCACCUCAACAUAGUGAAGCUGGUGGAGGUUCUUGACGACCCAAGUGAGGACAAACUGCACAUGGUGUUUGAGCUGAUGCAGAAGGGACCUGUGAUGGAGGUACCCACGGACAGCCCCUUCACUGAGGAGCAGACGCGUCUCUAUUUUAGGGACAUGGUCCUCGGCAUUGAGUACCUGCACUACCAGAAGAUCGUCCACCGGGACAUCAAGCCGUCCAACCUGCUGCUGGGCGACGACGGCCAUGUGAAGAUCGCCGACUUUGGCGUCAGCAACCAGUUCGAGGGCAACGACGCGCUGCUGUCCAGUACUGCCGGCACGCCGGCCUUCAUGGCGCCCGAGACCCUCUCGGACGUGCGCAAGAGCUUCAGUGGGAAGGCUCUGGAUGUGUGGGCCAUGGGAGUGACCCUCUACUGUUUUGUCUUUGGCAAGUGCCCCUUUAUUGAUGAAUACAUCUUGGCUCUUCACAACAAAAUCAGGAGUAAGCCUGUGGAGUUUCCUGAAACGCCAACCAUUAGUGAAGAGCUGAAAGACCUCAUCCUAAAAAUGUUGGACAAGAAUCCAGACACCAGGAUCACAAUACCGGAGAUCAAACUGGACCUGUGGGUGACGCAGAAGGGAGCAGACCCGCUGCCUCUAGAGGAGGAGCACUGCUCUGCUGUGGAGGUGACGGAGGAGGAGGUGCAGAACUCGGUCAAGUGUGUGCCCAGCCUGUCUACUGUGAUCCUGGUGAAGUCCAUGCUGAGGAAGCGGUCGUUUGGGAAUCCGUUUGAGUGCCCGAGCAGGAGGGAGGAGAGGUCCAUGUCCGCCCCUGGAAGCCUAUUAAUAAAAGGGAGUAGUGGCGAGGCGGGCCGUGAUUUGGAGCUGGAGGACCUGCAUGAAGACGAACCCCCCUCCUCCUGAGAGGCCCCUCUGACCCCGCCUGCCCCUGUGGCCCCUGGUCUCGUGUGUGCCCCCCAACCCAGCCCUUUAGCUACUCCACUCACCCACUCACUUCUCUACUCUUAACUCUCACAUAAGCUCGACCUUCAACCCCGGUUUGACCCUUGUGACCCCUGUGCCACCCCUCCUGCAGUUACAGUGCAUAUAUAUACAUAUAUCUUCUCUCCAGCGUUGUACUCUGAAUGUCACUACCAUCCUGAUUAUAAGCAGCUAAGGCAUGUUCAAGUUCACAUCUAUCCUUGACUAAUGGCUAAUGGCAGUUUGUCGCUAAGCUAUCACUCAAUUCAGUGGAAUUACAACCCAUGCACUGAUAAUUUCAGGGCUCAUUCUUUGUUGAGAGAGUACAUUGGAAGCGGGAAGGAAUGUUGUGUGGUCAUCUGAACACUUUCAACACUUUAAGAGUUCAUUAUUUGUGAUCCAAAUCCAGCUACCCUUUUGAAGAAAAUGUUCAUAUGCACCCACACACAAACAAACAAACAAACUGUCCAUACAUACAUACCUAAAUACAAACAUAAUACAUACUGUGUAUACAUAAACUGUACAUGGACCAGGAAACCUUAUAAGCUAUCACAAUCCCAUUCCUUUUCAUUCAUACAUGCAUUUCCACUGAGAGGAUGCACUUGUGGAGAGCUGCUAUUCCUCACAUCAGAGCGCUAGCUUCAGCCAGCCUGCUCGCGUCGUGUCCAUUCCCUGCUGAGCCAGGCCUCCUAGUGGCCACAGGAUCUGGAUUUGAGCCACUCCCAUUCUUCACAUAUCCAUGACGGCCGAACUCUUCACCACAAAGAGAGAGAAAGAUGGAGGGAGAGAAGGACCGAAUCAGUGGACAGGAAAGCAGUCUCCCACGGUCAGUCUCCCAUGGUCAGCUGGCAUGCACAGGAGGAGAGCAUGGAUUCAGGCAACUGUGGGGCCUGGAUGGUGCCUUGGGAAGGUCCUGCGUGUCUGUCCCCUGCACUCUCUCUCUCUGUGUGUGUGUGUGUGUGUGUUUGUGUGUGUGUGUGUGUGUGUUUGUGUGUGUGUGUCAGCUUAUCUGUGCCGGCAUGCGCUCUCGCUCUCUGCCACAGACACCAGCCAGCCACUCGAAUGCCGCCAAUCAAAACUCAAGGCAGAAAAGAUCUGUGUGUGUGUGUGUGUGUGUGUGUGUGUGUGUGUGUGUGUGUGUGUGUGCGGUUUAUUUUGUUUUUCCAUGAAGCCUUUUUUGUAGAAAUGGCAAAGGAGGAGCUCAGUGGACAUAUUGACUUUGUGGAGUCAGAACAUGAAUGCUAACUAACGAGAGGUCAAUGCUAUGUAGCCUCUCCUGGAUUUCUAGCACACUGUUUUGUUAUAUGUAAAUACUGUAUGUAAAUUAUGUUUACUGUCUGUUUGUUAGUCUCCCCUUUGCUUCACCAGCAGUGUCUAGCAUUAUGCCUACUUUGGCUGUUUUAUUUUUUUUCUCGUCAACACACAGUUUUGAUUGUAUCCCCAUGAUGCACUAACCAAAUAAUGCUGUUCCCAGGUUGUCAAAACAUUGUGUUGCUGUGGCUCUCUAUUUGCAUGCGUAUAUUCCACAAGUGUGGUCAGAAGAUCUCAACAUCAGAUGGUAAAUGUGGUAUCAGUACGUUGCCCUGUCUUUACCUACAGGAAUAAGACCGGUAGGCGAAUGCACUGGCACGGUCUGCUCGCUCAGUAUGGAGUCUCAUAACGACGGAUGAUUACGAGUAAUUAUGAUAAGGAGUAAUUACGAGCAUGCUGCAGGGACCUGUCAGAGAGGGCACACAUUUUGGCGAAGGGGAAGUUGUGGGGAAGUAGCAGGUGUUUAAAGUGAGAGAAGAUAUUGAGAAAUGAAGUGUAAAGCACAUUCAAAUGUUUACCUUUCCUCUGAGAGGUGCGUGUGACCUGCAAGUGUUUUUGUAAGGAGCAUGGUAUUGACUGAGUGGGUUGGUAUGUCAUUUAGAAUGCCUUUCAUCCUCUUCUCUUCUCUUCUCUUCUCUCUCUCUCUCUCUCUCUCUCUCUCUCUCUCUCUCUCUCUCUUCCUAUGUGUUCUUUACACCCUUGUAGUCAAUUAUCAGCCAUAUCCAAAUCCAUACAAAUACAUGCACACACAGAGAGAGAGAGGAGUGAUUGAGCACGGCUCCCCACUCCAGCGUUUCAGAAAUAUGAUCUUCUCCUGGGCGAGUGAACACUGUAAUCAGCAGCGCGGCAGCUUUCAGGAGCGUUGUCGCCUGGCAAGAGGAGAACGUGUCAUUGUCUGGCGCGUCCACACAGCCGCUGGCUCUAGGGUGGGCUGGCUGCUGCCGCUGCCGCAUUGUUCCGCCAAUGAAAGCAUGUUGAUGGAUCAUUUUCAUCCGCGGCAAGUGCGUGACAGAGAAUUUUCAAACUGGUGAUUAGCAAACCCCAAUCAAAACUCCUCGCUGUGCCACGCGCACACAAUGAAUCAACAUGCAAUCGUCAUGCCCUAGUUCCUCAUCGCCACAGUAGAAUGCGCUCCCCUGACUCACAUCCAUCCUCUGCCCAUGGCCAGCUUUUAUCGGUCAUUCAGAGCACUUGAUUGGUCAUUUGAAAUGGCUACUGUGGUACUGUAGUCUGAGCACACAUGUAUAUUUAUUUUUUUAUCCAGUGAAAGUGUGUCUGGUGUACAUGCUUUAGUGGAGAUAACACAUUGAGAAUAUGCUGUCCGUUUCACGUUUUGUAGGUGUGAAAAAGAACGGCAGUUCUUAAGUAGUUCUGUCACGCGGAGCCAGCACAUAUCUGUGGUCAGUAUAUGAAAACAAACAAAUCCCCUCGAUUCAAACAAAUUACACACUUUUACACAUUUCUUGCUCUGCUCCGAUUGAAGGCCUGGCGCCUCAACCUGAGCUUCUGGAUGAUUUAAGGUUAAGACUUACACUCACUUCAGGACCCAAUAAUUUUUAUAAAACCCUUUAAUAUAGCUUGUUUUGCAGAAUGCCCUCUGAGGACUGCUACCAACAUGCGCAUGAUCACAGAUUCUAUAGCAUAUGCAUGACAUAUGUGGGUUUAUUUGACUUAUGGAAGCACGUAAGAGGUCCUCCAGCUGGCUAUGCAACAGGCAUCACAUCAUGCUCAUAUCCUCUAACGACCUUGGCUGACCCGAGUCUCUGUACAGUUAGCUCUCUAGUUUCACUUCCUCACCAACCAGCACUGUAUCUAUGCUAUCUCACACACAUGGCAGAUGGUGUUUUCCUGCUCGCCCUCUUUCUCUCUGCUCUCUCUCUCUCUUUUGUCUUCAUAUUUCUCCUCCAUGUCCUCUCCCCAGUCUCAUGUUGACUUUUCAGGGGUCAUUUACACCGGCUGAUGCUCCUGGGGGGACAGGCCAGACUGUCCCCGCCCCCUACUCAUCCUACACAUCUACUCAAUCAUGAGGCUGGCAUUUUUCCUGCACUCUGUAAAUAGGAAAUUAGUUUCACCAAACAUGAAACAACAACGGCACUUCAGCACUUCGGUCUUCAGCAUAUUUUUAUUCAACAUUUUUUUUUUUCUUUUUACAUGGUCAUUCUGAUAACUCCCAACAGCAGAAUGGGACCUUACAUUCUAAAGGAAAAAACAAACAAAAACAACAACAACACCAACAAACAAAAACAAAUGCAGGUGUAACUACUGUAAGCAGUAAACUUUCACAGGGACAAUAUCAGUCAUCACUGAGGUACUCUUGUCUCUAAUUAACUCCAAUGAGAAGGGUGGUGCUGUAUCUGUUUCAGUUCAAUUGUGAAUAUCCUGCUAAAGGGCUUAGUGAGACAACAGUGAGAUUGUUCAGCAUGUAGCCCGACAGCACGGUCAUGUCUGCAUCUCUGCAAAAUGCCCAUUAGAGACGUCCUUCUGUCUGUGUUUUAGUGCCUGUCUAAGAUGUAUGUUCAAUGGCUGUCUGUGCUCUUCUGCCUAAUCUGAAUGUACACUUCUCACAUACAAAAACAAAGCAUGACGUACACAGAAAAAAAUAUGGAGAAUGCAACUGUUACAAUGUAAAUAUGUACCGAUAUAUACAGAGGCUAUUUUUUGCAUGCUUUUGUACAUUUAGACAUAAUCAAAGACAAUAAAAGAUAUCACAACGA